GUCAUCAGGUACCGGAUUGCCUGGCUCGACAGCGGGCAUCGGGUCACCAGGUAUGACAGCGGGCACUGGGUCACCAGGCAUCAGGUCAUUUGGCUUGCCAGCGGGCACCUGCUCAACUGGCAUGACAGCGGGCACCGGGUCAUCAGGCCUAAUAGGAUCGUCAGGCUGGAUCAGUUCAUCAUGCUGGGUAGAGGCUUCAGGCUGAGUAGAGGCUUCAGGCUGAGUAGAGGCUUCAGGCUGAGUAGAGGCUUCAGGUUGAGUAGAGGCUUCAGGCUGAACCACGGAAGGCAGGUUCACCGGUUUGGAUACUGGCAGGAUGGUAUUGGUUGGAAAGAAUUUUCGCUUUUUUCUGGUUUUAACUACUGGAGCACUGCAAGUAAACGCAGGUCUGCAAACGAAUGGAGCAGC